AUGGAUGAGGUUGAAUUGCCCGCAUCAAUCCUGUGUUCUUGUAUCAUAGAAAGAUUCCCAUUGGAGUGGGAACUCUCGUUGCUUGUUUCUUCGAUUUCGUCGAAUGUCUGUUGUAACUGCAAAAGUCAAUGGUUUGUGGUCAGUGAAUAUUGUAAACUCUCGACCUUCGAGAAAAUGUUGAAAAUGACGGAUAGCUUAAUAUGCUGCCAGCAGUUCUCGACCAAAUGUGCUGUAGCGGUUUACAUGGUAUAUGAUAGUAUAAUUUUUUCCAGGACGGUUAAAUUUGCUGAUGAUACUAAACUCUGUGCAAGAGUAGAUAAGGAUGAAGACGUGAAAAAACCAAGAGAACCUAAUAAGACUUCAUCAAUGGGCGGUAGACUGACAGAUGAAGUUCAACGUCGACAAAUGCUCUAUGAUGCAUAUGGGAACUGA